CUUGGCACGGCGGUAGCGCGUUUAUUCGUACGAAUAUAAUCGGUAUCGCAUAAGCGGAAGCAGACUUUCGUCCCUUUGGUUUCUUUAACGUUUUUAUUUUUCUUUUUUUUUUUUCUUUUCGAUUUCUCUUUUUUUUAGUUUUACAUUUCGUUUUAUUCAAUUUAAUUUCCCUUGAUAUAUCAUUUGAUACGAAUUUGUAAAAAGUCAAGUUUGAGGAGAAAGAUCGUUAAGAAUUUGAUAAAAAAAUAUCGCGUUUUUGUGAUCCGAUCAUAGAAAUCGUCGUGAUUAGCGACUCGUCGUGCCUGAUUAUUAUUCUUCUUCGUUUAACAUUUAUCGAAUAAUUGACGUUAAAAUCUGAGGAAACUUGGCAAAAAGACGUGAUUCACGAAGAGAGAAAAGAGAAUUUUUCAUCAAAGAAAUUUGAUCAGCAGUGACAGCACGGAAAAAGAGCAGUGUGUGUUCGAUUGUUAAGGAAAGACGAUUACGUGAGAUACAUAAUUGCCUGUCGUCGGCCGAUCGUCCGGAACUCGCUUAUUUCGUCCUGAAACUUUACAUUCUUACGAUCUCAGGAAGAUAUAUUGCAAAGGUUUUCUCGACAAAAAGCAAGAAAAAUGUCGAUUGUAAUGCAAUACGUGGAUCGAUUUCACGAGAUACUUGACAAACAUGCAGAUCAGAGAACAACGAAUUGGUUUAUGAUGAGUUCACCAUUUCCUACUCUGUUUAUCUGCUUGAGCUACGUAUAUGGUGUAAAAGUUUUAGGGCCAAAGCUGAUGGAGAAUAGGAAACCAUUUCAAUUAAAAAAUGUCCUAAUAGCUUAUAAUCUAUUCCAAAUGGUGUUCUCAGCGUGGCUUUUCUACGAGAUAGGAAUGUCCGGAUGGCUGACUGGCGACUAUUCUCUAAGGUGCCAACCCGUAGACUACAGUGAUCGACCCCAAGUACUAAGGAUGGUGCACGCUUGUUGGUGGUAUUAUUUCUCCAAAUUUACGGAAUUCAUGGAUACGAUCUUCUUUGUAUUAAGGAAGAAGAACGAUCACGUGUCAAUAUUGCACGUUAUUCACCAUGGUUGCAUGCCAAUGUCAGUAUGGUUUGGCGUUAAAUUCACACCAGGCGGUCAUUCUACUUUCUUCGGGCUCUUGAACACAUUCGUUCAUAUAGUGAUGUAUACAUAUUACCUGUUGGCCGCGAUGGGUCCAAAAUUACAACCAUACCUUUGGUGGAAAAAAUAUUUGACCGUCUUCCAAAUGAUCCAAUUUGUCGCGGUAAUGAUCCACGCGUUCCAAUUACUCUUCAUCGACUGCAAUUAUCCUAAGGCAUUCGUCUGGUGGAUCGGUUUACACGCAACUAUGUUCUUCUUCCUGUUCAACGAAUUCUACCAACAAAGCUACCAACAAAAGAAGAGGAAGCAAACAAUCACGAAUGGCAUGAAAAAAGAUCAUCAGCAAAAUCAUCAAACGAACGGCAUGACGAAUGGAGCAAUGGGCAAUUCGUCCGGAAGAAGAGACGCGGCCGAUUAUUACGUGAAAGGCGACAGCCUAGCCGCCUCGGAGCUCAAUCUUAGGAAAUCGUAUACAACGACCGAGUGACCCGAUCAUGCUACGUUGUAGCCAUCAUCAAAUUCAUCUCGUCUUUUCUCAUCGAUUCCUCGAGUCGCAUCCGGGCUUCGUUCCUUCGCCCUUCCAUUCUAAUGAUCCUUCGGGUUCGAGUGGAGAAAACAUUGAGUACAAAAUUACUCUGCGAUCGCGUUUGCGUGUAUUCGUGAAAGGAGAUAGAAAGUAAGAGGAAAAGAGUGAUAUGAAUCAAUGUACAAAGGUAGUCCCGGAUGUGUUACGACUCCAAUGUCACGGAUCCCUGGCCUCGUGAUUCAGGUAUUCGUGAUUCUUUUUUCGGUUCGCUGUAUGUACAUUUACCAUGCCCGACAAGAGAUAAUUCGUUUUCGAAUCAUCCUCUGCCUCUCUCUUCGAAUGCGAGAAAAGAAAGCCGCCGUCUAAUUGUAAUUCGAGUAUAGACUUGCAAAGUUUUGAUAAGAGAAGAAAAACAUAGGAGAAAUUACAUAAAGUGUUCAUAAUGUACAUCGUUGUGAUAAUUUAUAGCGAUAUUACGAUAUAGAAUGAUAAUCGAAGGAUGAUAAUUGUUUUUUUAUUGACCAUAAUGAAAUUCAAUAGUCAAAAUAUCAAAAAUGCAUCUUCGAUAUCUAUAAAUAACGAACAAUGUUCUCACUUUAUUAAUGAGAACAUUUUUCGGAUGAAAUUACCUGAUUUUAUUGUAAUCUCAUAUUUUAGAUUAUAAACAUUGUUAAAAAUCAUUUUUCUAUUUACAUAAUGUUCAAAUAUAUAUAUAUAUAUAUAUAUAUAUAUAUAUAUAUAUACACACCAGGACGAUAGCAAUCCGCAAAAUGUUUUUACUGUCAUCGGUUUACGCGCGGUUCUAAGAUUAUAUAAAAACAAGGAAUUAUAUAAGAGAGUUAACGGUGAGUCUUGGAUUAAAUUAUGUAACAAUGCCAGCGACCGUAUUUUAUUAUAUAAUUCGGGAAGAUCUCUUUUGCAUUUUACCAGGAUCCCGCGAGUAUUAGAAAAUUCAUACUUUAUUACUUAUUCCAGAACUCGUGACCUUAAUUGGGCCGAUCUAUGAAACACAAUCUACGCACUUUCAUGCCAAGUUUCAUGGUUAUAUAAAUGCUGCGGAAACUGGGUUUAAAUUCAUACCCAUAUACAAUAAAUCAUCUAAUAUUAGAAUAUAAAAUUUCUCCGAUUUUAAUUUGAAUGAUAUAAAAAUAAUAAAAAAAAAAAAAGAAUGUGCCAAUUGUGAAAAAAUAAACUUUGCAAUAAAAAAAAUCUUUUAUUCAGGG